AUGACCGUGAUUGAUGAUGAUGAUGAUGUUGUUGUUGUUGUUGUUGUUGUUGAUGAUGAUGAUGAUGAUGAUGAUGAUGAUGAUGAUGAUGAUGAUGAUGAUGAUGAUGAUGAUGAUGAUGAUGAUGAUGAUGAUGGUGAUGAUGAUGAUGAUGAGGAUGAGGAUGAGCAUGAUGAGCAUGAUGAGUCCUUGGUGCUGUGUGUGCCUGUAAUGCCGAUGGGUUUGUCGGAAGUUCGUUUCAAAACAGUUGAAUUUGUGGUUUAG